UUAAAACGUGUUAUUAUUUAACUGAUGAGCGGACAGCUCAUAUAAAAAGAUGUUCAAUUGACACUUUGGCUAAACAUACAUUUAGUACUGCCUUUGCAAAGGAUUGCAAUAAUGGGUGCUUUAAAAUCACUUGCUUGCUGCUGUCUGUGUCUGGUGGUUUGCUUUUUGCCAGAUUUUACAGUUGCCCAAUACCUUUCAUCAGCAUUUGGAGCGAUGCGAGGAGGAGUCAUGUACCCUGGAUAUCCUGGAUAUCCAUCACCAGCAAUAUACCCACCAGCCGACAUGUAUCCAUCAGGAGUCAUAUAUCCCGGUAUGGACAUGUAUGACCCUUAUCUUGAACGAGGACGACCAAUUAUAGGCGGGGAUCUUAUCCAUCGUCCUGCCGUUGUAAGCGAUAGGUCAGACAGAACUGUAGAACACAUAAAUAUAUCCAACAACAACCAAAAUAUUCGUGAAGAAGUUGGUUCCGGAAACGUUGUCGUAAAUCAAGUUACAUCAAAUAAUGCAAUGUGUAAUUGCCAAAUUGGUAGAUUUGAUCAGUGUCCGUAUCCUGAACGAUGUGUUAGUGAGGGAACAUGUACAGGAGGAAGUGGAAUUUGCCGGAACCCUGGAUUGUUUAUGAUAUAGAUGUUAAUUGUUUUCAUAUAUUUUUAUACAAUAAAAUAAUACAUUAAUAUAAAA